AUGCUAUUCGCCAAGUCUCUCAUGCUGCUCGCAGCCCUCACCACCAGCACCCUGGCCAGACCCACAACCCUCGAGCGCCGCCAGGCCACAGGAACCUCAUCCGCCAGCGGCGGCAGCUGGACCUCCACCCCCUCCAGCGGUUCAUACUCUACUGCUGGAUUCGGCAGCUCCACCAGCUCAUCCGGCUCGGGCGAAACAUACGCCGGCAACGUCGGCAAUCCCUACGGCAGCAACAUCAUCUCUAUUGAUGCCUCGUCCGCCCCCAACUACAAGUACGUGGCGCAGUUCUCUGGCUCGACCACCGAUUCCUGGACUGUGGCCAUCUUCAACAAGUACGGUCCGGAUGGCAAGAUGACAGGCUGGUACGGCAACGCCUGUAACACUUUCACUCUUGCCCCCGGCGAGACCAAGUACGUCGCCUUUGACGAGGAUACGAAUGGUGGCUUUGCCGCCGCUAAGGGAUCCACUAUCCCCACUGAUAGCAUGGGUGGCUACGCUUCCACCUGGGGCGAGUUCGACUUCGGUUCCACCACCAACAGUGGCUGGUCUGGCUUUGACGUCUCCGUUAUCGCUGCGCAGAAUGCUGGCAUGUCCAUCGAUGGUAUGAAGAUCUGUGAUGCCCUUGGCUCUGUUUGCUCUUCUGUCACCAAGGAUGCUGCUGUGGUCGAUAACGCUUACACCGCCGCUGAGACUGCUGUCGGUGGUAUUGGUGCAAACUUGGGCUCUGGUCCUGUUCGUCUGGCUGUUACCAUUGAUUACAGCGGAUAA